AUGGGUUUCCUCUCAACCAACAGCUCGAGGGCAUUGGCAAGUGUGCACAGAAUCUCUCUGGCCCUUGCCAGAAGACACUUCAGUUACAGCUCCCUCCUCGCCAACUCAGCAGCUUCGUUUUGCUCCCAAAGACCACAGCAAACCAUCGUCUCAGGCCAACCACUCCAUGAAACUCGUCCAGCAAUGCUCAAGUCUGGUGAGUUAACUCCAGGCAUCACAGCUAUGGAGUACUUUGAAAGGAGACUCGCCUUGUCGUUGUCGAUGGAGAAUGACUCGAUUGCUAUUGUGCCAGGAAACACAGUCAAAUAUGCCUCUGGAGCUGUUUUCUACGAGUUUCAACAGGACACACAGCUCUACUACCUCACUGGCUGGAACGAGCCAGACUCUCUAGCAAUUCUUGAGAAGAACGACAGCAACGCAAACGAUGACAGUGUAGUGUUUCACUUGUUGGUACCUCCUAAAAACGAGUACAUUGAGAAAUGGGAAGGCCAUCGAACUGGCGUUAUUGGUGCCAAAGACAUAUUCAAUGCUGAUGAAUCGACCUCCAUCACUGAGAUACAGACAUAUUUGGAUCUUUUGAUCUCCAGAAACAAACACAUUUAUUGCGAUUAUCCUGCAACAAGGCUGAAAUCUUCGUUUUUAGGCAACUUUUUUGGUUCUUCAUUGGCUUCAAACAAAAUCAAAAAAUCAAAAAAUGCUUGUGAAACUAUUGAUGACUUGAUCUCCAAGUUCAGGUCCUCCAAAAAAAUUCACACUUUAAGCCCCUUGGUUGAUAAAUUAAGAGCAAUCAAAUCACCCAGCGAAAUUAAGCUCAUGAGACAGGCUGGAAAGAUAUCUGGGAGAGCAUUCAACCAGGCAUACCACAAGAGAUUCAAAAAUGAAAGAACUUUGGCCUCGUUCCUUGAAUACAAAUUUAUUCUGGGUGGAUGUUCAGGAAACGCCUAUAUUCCUGUAGUUGCAGGAGGCCCCAAUGCCUUAUCAAUUCAUUACACAAGAAAUGACGACGUAUUGUAUGACAACGAGAUGGUUCUUGUUGAUGCUGCUGGUCAGUUGGGUGGUUAUCGCUCUGAUAUCUCAAGAACAUGGCCAGUUAAUGGGAGGUUUACAGGUUUUCAAGGCGAGCUUUAUGAGGUGGUGCUAAAUGUAAAUAGAGAAUGCAUAAAAUUAUGUUCAGAAAGCAACAACUUAUCUCUAUCUGAUAUCCACAGAACAAGUUCAGACAUGCUCUACAAAACCCUUUCUAAACUUACAGGCUUUCAAAAUUUGACCAGAAACGAGUUUACCAACAAGAUAUAUCCACAUUCAAUUGGCCAUAAUUUGGGUCUCGAUGUUCAUGAUGUGCCAAACUACUCCUCGUCGAGAAUAUUGAGGGAAAACCAGGUUGUAACUAUAGAGCCUGGCAUUUAUAUCCCAGACGACCCAAGCUACCCAUCGUAUGCUAGAAAUGUUGGAAUCAGAAUCGAGGACAAUGUUGUUGUUGGUAAGAGCGACUAUACAGUAUUAACAAUUGAGGCAGUUAAGGAAAUUGCCGAUAUAGAAAACAUAGCUAAGAAUGGAGUUACUACUGUUUAUGAAGAUGAUGUUAUUAAUAUUCGGGGAUGA